AUGUCUUGGUCGCAAGGUGUCCUGCCUUGCACCAAAAAGGGUACCAGAAUGUCCAAAUCAUCGACUACGAUGCGAACUUUCUCCCUUUUCUCACAGCUACCGUACGACAUCCGCCGCAUGAUAUGGACAAAAGCCAUGGAAUACGAACGAAUCAUUAAGAUACAACUUAUGCCAGUGUUCGAACCAGGUCGCUGCAACAUCAGCGUGCCGCAGCCAUUGGGAAUGCUCCAAGACCCGAUGCAUUCACUUCUCGCUGCUUGUUCCGAUUCGCGACAGAUAACAAGAGCAUUCUAUCGGGUUUGUCUACCGUGCUAUUAUAAAAGACUAGAUGGUACCCAGAAUCGAGGAGAAUUGUACAUAUGUCCUGAAAUGGACAUCAUUCAUGUCGAUGAAUCACCUCCCGACCUACACAUGAUUUGCAUGGACCAUAUCGCCGACCUUUGCAGAUUGGUUUAUUCCAGAGAUGCUAACAAAAAGGGUCUUCUUAAUCUCGCCCUACCAGUCAAAUGUUUGUUGAGAAGGCCUAAUCACAACGUCGACAUACUUAAGGCCGCCCUGCCGCGUUUAUCGCGCAUAAUUUUCGUCCAAUCGAGUAAGAGUCGACCAAAUAACCCCUCUCCCAGCGGGCAGACCAGGCGUUUACCACAAGUCCGUCGCUCUAUUCCGACAUGCGACAGUAUAACGGCGUUCGAUCGUCUGCCUACGGACUCCAGAUAUAUACAGGACGAGCUCAAGGAUAUCCACAUAGGUUAUACCCUUAAUUUUGUGGGACAUAUUUCAUGGUGCAGCCAUCUGAGACAAUGUGGUGUUGAACCUAACGACCUUGACGUGGAGUGGCGCUUUCUUCUCGCUUUCACGACAGAUACAACAUUGGAAGUCACACAUAAAGAGAAUGUGCUCAGCUGGUUCGGCCCGGACCCGGACAAUAUUUGCAGCAAAUGGGACGGCCAGGGAGAUAUACAGCGAAAGACACAAUUGCCUUUGGUCGGCUUCUGGUUGUUUCCGUUGAGACCUGUGAUGAGAAAGGCUGCCCGGCACCAAACUAGCAUCAAUAUGACCGGUUACCUUCGCGAGUUGUAUGCAGCUCACUUGGGUUGA